AGCCCUAUAUGUAUGUAUGUAGGCAGUUUUUGUCAGAAAUUUUCUCGCACAAAGCGAAGUGUUUUCUAGCUCAAUUUAAUAAUGAAUUCAAUGUGAAAUGUGUAAAAAACGAAUGUAGUUGUUAACUAUUGAUUAUCAAUUCGAAACUGCUUGCAUUUUUUCGGUUCUGCCACGAACACAACACUGCUAACGACGCUUGUGAGUAGAGAGCGUUCGCGACAAUAUUUCGCCUGAGUUGGUUGCCUGGUAAAAUUUUCCUCAACUUGCUCCAAAAGGCGUAAGCAAAGGUGUGUGCGUGUGUACGUGUGCGUGUCCGUGUGUAUAUGUGUAUAUGUUGUUUUGCUCCUUCCGGAUAAGGCAAGGUGAAACAUGAAGAUGGCUGACGGCUCGACAAUAUUGCGUAGGAACCGACCAGGCACAAAAUCAAAGGAUUUCUGUCGCUGGCCCGAUGAACCGCUCGAGGAAAUGGACAGCACACUGGCUGUGCAACAAUACAUACAACAAUUGAUCAAGCGUGAUCCCUCGAAUGUGGAGCUCAUACUUACAAUGCCCGAAGCACAGGAUGAGGGCGUGUGGAAGUAUGAGCAUUUGCGGCAGUUCUGCAUGGAAUUGAAUGGUCUGGCCGUGCGUCUCCAGAAACAAUGCUCACCCUCGACAUGCACACAGAUGACGGCCACGGAUCAAUGGAUCUUCUUGUGUGCGGCACAUAAAACGCCCAAAGAGUGUCCUGCGAUCGAUUAUACCAGGCAUACGCUGGAUGGUGCCGCUUGUCUGCUCAAUAGCAACAAAUACUUUCCAAGCAGUGUUCAACUCACAACCCACAGAGUUUCGAUCAAGGAGUCGUCGGUGACGAAACUGGGAUCGGUGUGUCGACGUGUCUAUCGCAUCUUCUCGCAUGCAUAUUUCCAUCAUCGUCGCAUCUUUGAUGAGUUCGAGGCUGAAACGUAUCUAUGCCACCGAUUUACGCAUUUCGUCACAAAAUACAAUCUCAUGUCCAAGGAGAAUCUGAUUGUGCCCAUCAAUGAGGACGAGAAUGCUGCACCCGGCGAGAGUGAAGCCUAAACAACAUCUAACAACAGCAGCUGCAGCAACAACUCACAACCACAACAACAACAAAAUAAUAGUAACGAAAAAAGAAUAACAAACAAAAAACGUAAAGCAUUAAAUUCAGUCAUUCAUACAGAA